AUGCUUUUGAUUUUUCUACUCUUGCUUUCAUUUGAAAGCGUUGGUGGGAAAGGCUUUGUCGAAGAAGUGACAUGCAACAAUGAUUCGUUGACAAUUUUCCUUAAUCAAUCCGAUCCCGAUUUGACGAGAUGGAUUAUGGAACCAUCUGCUCAGCCAAUCAUCUACGUCUACGAUCACAUCAACAUGCGCAGUUGCAAUUCGAAAAUCAAGAAUGAGACGACGUCGUUGAAUUGGUAUUUUCGAAUCCCGUAUGGACCGGAGUGCAAUGUGAAUCUUGUGGACUUGGAACCCAAUCAUCGAUCAGCCGAGACAACCGUCGUGAUUGAAGACUUGAACUCGAGAAAUUCCCAGAGGAUUAAUCAUGUCUAUUGUUUGUAUCAAAAAGUGACAGCUGCACUCAAUAUCAAUGAUGUGACAAGUGGAAACAAGCAAGUCGAAUCAACGGGUGGAAUCCCGAAAGCCAAAGUGGAGAUGCUUUUUCGUGGACACGGCGGGCAUCCGUUGAGGGCCGCCAAGUUGGGCGACAUUGUCGAAUUCUACGUCGCUUUAAGUCCCGAUGGUGCCUACCGAGGAAUCUCGCCCAAAGAGUGCCGCUUCGCUGAUCGCGAGGACACCGAAUCGCCCGAUGCUAAACACUUCACUUUCGUCAAUGAUGGAUGCCCUGUUGAAGGAACGGGUGAAGUGAUUGACGCUCUGCAAAACGUGAACCAAGAAGUCUACUUCUCGAAGUUCAAAACCUUUCGUUUCGGUGAGCAGACGACCGUCUUCGCUCACUGUACCGUCCAAGUCUGCAUGGAUCCAGAAGAAUGUUAUUCGCCUUGUUAUAAAAAGAUCCAAAACUCAACCCUGACCGCUGAGAGGCUGAGAAAAUAUCGUCACAAGAGGAGCACCGGAGAACAUUAUGAUAAAUCUGGCGAGCUGCAUUUGAUCAAUCGAAUCACUGUACUCGAUGCUGGACAUUUAAAAGAAAUUGCUGCCUUGAACGAAAAAAACGAUAACGAUGGAUCGAGUGAGUGCAAGAUGGUCCCAUAUUCAGCCAAUUCAACCAUGUUGACUGUGAUCGCAAUUCUCACCGUUUUCUCGCUUUCCUUGAUGACCAUCAUCAUCUUUAUGUACUACAAGAAAAGAAAAUCGGAAAAGGAUUCAUUCGACUUGUAUGCUUCGACCGGUUACGCGACAGCCGCCAGUUGGGGAUCGACCUCGGUUGGUCAUGUGAAUGCAGCUCUGGCCACUCCGUACCCGAUCGACGCAUUUUCUGUCCGAAAUCAUCCCUAUGUGCAUCAUUUGGGCGAUGGCGAUGGAACUUUUCGA